UUUUUUCCGGACCGCGCCGUGUCUGACCAAUAGCAAACCUUGCCCCGACACUCAAUCGACCGUCAAUUGGAGCCAGCCCAAUCUAUCUAGGCUUGUCAUACUUGGACCCGGCAACCCAAACAGUCUCCUUCCAUGCCCGGGGGCGGCAAGAGACAUCCAAAUCCAUUUCCCCAACACCCACGCCAGCAUGUUGCCCACGAUGUGUUCAAACUCUAUCAACCAGGCAUGGCCUCUUUUUCUUCCCCAUCAGAUCGUGAGGCUCGCGGAUUGAAAAAGGAGGGCUUGUCCGCUCCAAUACCGAACAAAUGUCGUUAAAAGCAUCAACCAACAAGCCCACGACAAGGCUACUUGAGCACGAUGGAGUUCAACCCGGUGUCGGCCCUCUGCUCUCCUAUUAACAACGGUAGCCUCUUCGAGACCGUCUUUACCGCUCAACCCAACAUUCAGGUUCCGUUUACGGACAUCGCCUACGACAGCGACCACCUAAAUGCAUCUUCCCACCUCUUGGAGCAGACACAAGAUUCUAUCGAUCCAGCACUUAUGAUGGUAAACCAUUACUCGAUCGACGUCGAACCUCUUUCCCUGUUUGCAGGCCUCCCUCCCUCAGUACACGAAGGUCUACCCGACGAAUGGCCCAAGCCCGCCUCUUCCGACGCCGCUCAUGCCGCGAGUGGCAAAGAGGACGAAAACCUGCCGUCCGAUUCCCCGGCCUUUGGUCCAGAACCUCAGGCUACCUCUACCCAGUUCCUUGAGCCGCCAUCAACGAACGUUUCGGCCGGGACUCCGGCUACCGCACCCCCUACUCCCUCGUCUCCAGCGAGAGAUAAAGCACCACGCACUCGCAGUCUCAGCCCUCGUAAUUCUCGCUACGCCUGCGAAGAUUGCGGUAUCUUCUCGAAGACGAAACGCGACCACAAGCGUCACCUAAACACGAACAAACACAAGACCAAUGUCCAAAUUGCUGGUAGUAACAUGUCCAGUCCUCCGGUCACGGCUACCGGGGUUCACUGCCCAGUCACGGGCUGCAAGUACCACCGCUCGACCUCCGGAGGAAGGAAGCUCUCGCGCGAGGAUAACCUGUGGAGACAUAUUAGGAAGGCGCAUGGCAUGGAGAUUUGCGGCUAGCCGUGAGCCUUGAAGGAUGGGAUAUUGCACAGAUGCCGAUGGACCUGUAGAGAGAUAGAAGCCGGGAUGUUAAUAGGGCGUGAUUUUUUUCUUGCUUCGAGACCCAAGUUGGAAAACGCAGCUGUUUAAUACCUGUACCAUCCACAUUUCCGCUGCUCUAUCUCGCUAUUGUCUUUGAAAUUUUGAAGCAAGUGUAGAGGUAGGGGAUCGAGUCGGGCCAUGAAAGACC